AAGCCACCAGAUGAAUUCAAUACAACUGUGAUCUGUCUGUGAUUGAGAAAAUAAAACACGCACCGUCACCCAUCGAAUUAUUGAGUGAAUAUAAUAGAACAGAAAAAGUCCAAACUGAGUCCACAUUUUCCUUUUCUUUUAUAGGAAUAGGAGGAGGCUCAUGAGAUUACAAACAAGCUAACAGCAGCAAAGCAACUACUUGUUUUGUGAAUUGAGAGUUGCUUUUUGUCCCAGACUCAGAUCUGGUUCUGGUUCUGGUUCUUGCUUUGGGUGUCGGCGGUGUUUUGACUUGUGAGACAAGUGACAACUCCUCUGUCGGUGUCGGCAGUGUUGAGCUGCGGCUAUGAGCAUGUACGGCAGGGACCCUUGGGGUGGCCCGCUGGAGAUAAACACGGCGGACUCGGCCACGGACGACGACCGGAGCCGGAACCUGCAGGAUCUGGACAGGGCGGCGCUGUCGUCGCGGCCGUUGGAUGAAACGCAGCAGAGCUGGCUGCUGGGACCCUCCGGGGAGCAGAAGAAGAAGAAGUAUGUGGAUCUGGGAUGCAUCAUUGUCAGCCGUAAGAUCUUUGUGUGGACGGUCGGGACGCUCCUGGUCUCCGCCUUUCUGGCGGGCUUCAUCACCCUCAUCGUCAAGACAGUGCCGCGUCACCACCGCGCCCGCCCUCCCCCCGACAACUACACACUGGCGCUCCACAAGUCUCUAAUGUUCUUCAACGCCCAGCGAUCGGGAAAACUCCCAAAACAUAACAAUGUGUCGUGGAGGGGUAACUCAUGUCUUAAGGAUGGCAAUGAUGCAUCCACCACUUUUAAAGAUCUUGCGGGUGGUUUUUAUGACGCCGGAGAUGCCAUCAAGUUCAACUUCCCUAAAUCCUUUGCCAUGACCAUGCUCAGCUGGAGUGUAAUCGAGUACAGUGCUAAAUAUGAAGCUGCUGGGGAACUCAACCAUGUGAAGGAAAUCAUUAAAUGGGGUUCUGAUUACUUUCUCAAGACGUUCAACCAUUCUGCUGAUUCCAUUGACAAGCUUGUUGCUCAGGUUGGGGUUGGAAAUACUGCUGGAGGAAGUACUACUCCUAAUGAUCAUUAUUGCUGGAUGCGCCCUGAGGACAUUGAUUACCCCCGUCCUGUGACUGAAUGCCACAGUUGCUCCGAUCUAGCCGCCGAAAUGGCUGCUGCUCUCGCUGCUGCAUCCAUAGUUUUUAAAGACAACAAGGCCUACUCACAGAAACUUGUCCAUGGUGCGAAAACACUCUUCAAGUUUUCUAGGGAUCAGCGAGGCAGAUAUAGUGCUGGUGGUGGUUCAGAUGCUGCACUCUUCUAUAAUUCCACCAGUUAUUGGGAUGAAUUCGUAUGGGGUGGAGCUUGGAUGUAUUAUGCUACUGGAAAUUCUUCUUAUCUUCAGCUUGCAACAACUCCUGGUCUUGCCAAACAUGCUGGUGCCUUUUGGGGCGGCCCUGAUUAUGGAGUUUUUAGCUGGGACAACAAGCUUGCCGGAGCUCAGGUGCUUCUGAGCCGUUUGAGGUUAUUCUUGAGUCCUGGGUAUCCGUAUGAAGAAAUUUUGAGGACAUUUCACAACCAGACUAGCAUAGUAAUGUGCUCGUACCUGCCAAUUUUCACAACCUUUAACAGAACCAAAGGAGGCUUGAUCCAGUUGAAUCAUGGAAGGCCACAGCCUCUUCAAUAUGUAGUUAAUGCAGCCUUCUUAGCUACAUUGUAUAGCGAUUAUCUUGAAGCUGCCGAUACACCUGGGUGGUAUUGUGGACCCAACUUCUACUCUACUGAUGUCUUGCGUGAAUUUGCUAAAACUCAGAUUGAUUACAUCCUUGGCAAGAAUCCCCAAAAAAUGAGUUAUGUCGUGGGCUUUGGUAAUCAUUACCCCAAACAUGUCCACCACAGAGGAGCAUCCAUUCCUAAGAACAAGAUCAAAUACAAUUGUAAAGGGGGAUGGAAAUGGAGGGACACUUCAAAGGCAAACCCAAAUACGAUUGAUGGUGCCAUGGUUGCCGGGCCCGACAAACAUGAUGGUUUCCGUGAUGUUCGUUCUAAUUACAACUACACAGAGCCGACCCUUGCUGGAAAUGCAGGUUUAGUAGCAGCGCUUGUUGCUUUGUCGGGAGAAAAAAAUAUUGGGAUUGACAAGAAUACCAUUUUCUCUGCGGUUCCUCCAAUGUUUCCAACUCCACCACCACCUCCGGCACCUUGGAAACCAUGAGAUGCUGAAGUGGUCCUGGUUGUUUUAAGUAUGUUGUGUGACUUACGGCUAGAUGAUUUUGCUGCAGUGUUAGACUUUGGAGCUUAUAUCUACUUGACAUAAACAGUAACUCAGUCACAUGAAGAUCAAGAGAUGGGCGCAAGGAAGUAAGGAUGAAAGCAAUAGACAGACGUUGAGCGGUUAUUGGGCUGGGGCCAAUUCGUGGACUCAGAAUAGCACAAGGAAUUGAUAAAUGUCUAUUUGAUUGGAUUUUGUGAUA